ACUUCUAAGUCUCAUUUGAUUCAACGAGCUGAUUCUAAUGAUGGAUGCGCAAAUAUUCAUAAUGAUUAUAUGACAAAAGGCACAAGGAUUUUCAAUUAUACGGACGUUAGUAAUUGCUAUAAAAGUAUUCCAUUUAAUAGUAGUGUUGCUAAUCAGACGAUCGAAACAAUAAACGGAAUUUUUAAUGGAUUCUAUUCUUUUCUGGAUAUAGCGAGAGAUUCACCACCAACCGGAUUUAAUUAUAGUUCAAUUAAUAUAACAUCAGAGUUAACUCGUUUAUUAAAUAAUACUUAUGGAUCUUUGUUUCAAUUUAUGACCGAUGUUAGAAAUGUCACUUCUCAAUUGAAAGAUGCACACGCAAAAUUUGUAACAAAUUGUUUCACAACAUUCGCCUUCUUUUCGAAUUUUACUUUAUAUUCUGUUGUUGGAACAAAUGGUACUCAGAUAAUUAAAGUACGUAAUGAUACGAUAGAUCCUUCUAAUAAUAAUUGUGAAGUGACUCAGAUUGAUGGUGUUCAGGCAUUUAGAGUGAUUUAUGAAUUUGCACGAGAUUCUGUUUUCAUUUCAAAAGAUAUUGGUGUGCGAUUUAAUUUAGCUCUUGAUCUCGUUGAUGCUGAAAAUUCUUUUUCAUAUCGAAUUAAUUUACCACCAACAUCAAAUAUUACAUAUAGACUUAAUUGUAGUAAUAGUAUAAAAGAUGUUAAUAGAAUUUGGAUAGCUAUGAGUCUUCCUGAAAUUUUAAAUGAAUUUAAUGAUUCGAAUUCUUUUUAUAAAAAUCGUUGCAAGAUUACUACCGCAAAUCAAACAAGUUUGCCGUUACAAAAAAGAGAAUUUCAUGAAACAAAAAAAUUACUAAAACGAGAUAAUAGUAUUCUAGAUGUUACGGAAGAAUACAAAGGUGAUCAUGAUAAUUGGCAACCUGCAAACGUAUCUGUAAUUGGCGUUAUUCAAGAUUUUAUUGGCUUUUUCAUAAAAGACGAUUUCGGAGUUAUUAAAAUAUUUAGCGAACAAAUCACUUUUAAUGAUUCUGUUGCCAUAAAUACAAUUAAAGGAUUUGAAAAUCUAGCAAAUACGGGUGUUAAAAAGGUCGUUCUCGAUUUAUCUAACAACUUUGGUGGUUCAAUCGCAGUUAGUGCCUUUAUCAAUUUGAUUUUAUUCCCGAAUAAUCCAAAUCCCUUCUUUGAUUAUGAUUUAAGAGUUACUGAAUCACUUAAACUUGGACUACAAAAUGGAUCUUUAUUUGAUAUUAAAGAAACUGCCUCUUCAAGUUCUAAAAUUAAAUUUCAAAAUAUUAUUGAUUUCAUUGGUAAUAAUUCUUAUACACGUGGUAAUAUUACGGAACAUUAUUCGAACAAAUUUAUUCCAGAUAUUUCGAGUUUACUUACUAAUUUCAUAGCACAAUAUUUAAGAAUCCCAAUUCCCUGGACAUCUAAAGACCUUAUUAUUUUAACAAAUGGUGUAUGUGGGUCUGCAUGCGCACUUAUCGCGAGACAUGCUGUAGAAAAUAAUAAUGUGUCUGCUGUAGCGGUUGGUGGGUUUGUAAAUACAUCAUUAUCAUAUUCUUCUUUUCCUGGAGGGUUUUUAAUUGAUUCGUCAUCCAUAUUUAAAUUAAGUUCACUGAACAAUACUUUGAUACCUAAACCCUUUCCUUUGAACGCAUACAUAACACUUCCUUAUACAGAAGUUUAUAGCAGAACACAACCUGAUAAACUAUUGGAAUUUUUAUUUAGUCCAGCUAAUUUUCGAAUAUUUUACGAUGAACAAAGUAUUCAAGAUCAAUCUAUAUUAUGGUCUAAAGCAGCUUCUUAUAUUAGAACAACGUAA